AGCAUAAGUAUAUAUAACACCAAUUGCUGCAUAGUUCCCAAGUUUUUGUUUGGUUUUCUCCUACUAGGAUAUAGUUAUAUAUAGUCACUAGUGGCCAUACUUCUUUGGAUCAUAGUUUUCAAUAUGGCACAAUUGCCUCCAAAAGCACCAAAUAUGGCACCAAAUUGGCCUGACUUUUCUCACCAAAAAAUUCACACGCUGGAUAAUUUAGGAGGAGCAAAUGCUACUAAUAACCAUAACUCUUCGUGGGUUGAUGAAUUUCUCGACUUCUCGUCGGCGAAACGGGGUUUUCACCGGCGAUCUGUAAGCGACUCGAUUGCGUUUCUUGAGGUCCCAAUGGUGGAAGAAUGCAGAAGAUCAACAAUUAUUCCUGGCUCUGGGGCUACUAGUGAAUUUGAGAAGUUUGAUGAUGAGCAGCUCAUGUCUAUGUUUACUGAUGAUAUUCCAACUUCUGUUGACCCCAAAAUGUCCUGCUCGAAUCCCUCGUCGCCUUCUGAUCAUAACAGCAUUAAUGAAGAUAAGCUGAAUCCUUCUGAUCUGCAGCUGCAGCAGCUAAAGAGUGAGCCUGAGGAAGUGCAAAGCUCAUGUAAAUCUGAUGGACAGUUGGCUGCUACUAAUGAAACUGUGGACAAUUCCAGUGACAAGAUUGUUGAUCCAAAACGGAUCAAAAGAAUCUUGGCCAACAGACAAUCAGCUCAAAGAUCUCGAGUGAGGAAACUGCAGUACAUAUCAGAGCUAGAAAGAAGUGUAACUUCCCUUCAGGCUGAAGUUUCAGUAUUGUCGCCAAGGGUAGCUUUUCUGGACCACCAACGUUUGGUUCUGAAUGUUGACAACAGCGUUCUCAAACAAAGAAUCGCAGCUCUUGCCCAAGAUAAGAUUUUUAAAGAUGCUCAUCAAGAAGCCUUGAAAAGGGAAAUUGAGAGGCUAAGGCAAGUCUUUUACCAGCAAAACUUGAAGAAGAUGGAAAAUGCUACACCACCAGAGCCAAAAACACAACCUGCUACUGCUGGUAAUGCCUCCGCAGAGAAGGAGCAACUUGUUAAUUGAAGCACGUUUCUUUUAAUACGUGGAACAUUGUUUUUCAGG